UGAAUAUGACCAUUUCAAUUAGCAUUGUCUGAGAAGCGUGUUUGAGUCUUCUAUGUGAUGAUGGAUUUGUGACAGUGGAAUUGGUUAAAUUCUGAAAUGGAUAACCUUGAACUUCCUCAAACAAGGUUGUGGAUCCUUUGUUGAUGUAGACCGCGAAGGUUUGUAUUGGAGUUGUCAAUACGGUAGCUUGGAUCUCAUGGAGUGAUUUAGUUCUUCUUCUUCUUUGUUUUGUGUGAAUUUCCAAUUCAGAUCGUUGCCUAUCAGGAGUGCCAGAUGAACCUGUCACAAUGAACGGGGAAGAAGUUGUAUUUGUCAAUGGUUGCUCGACGGAGGACAUUCUCUGAAGUUGUGAGCAUCGUCAAGUCAUGGAUUCCUUGGCCACCUCAAUCUGAGUCGACAAAUGUGUCCAGGGUUUUUUGGAUGCCAAAAAACAGUUGUACAGUAUGCUAUGGGUGUGAUUCCCUAUUCAACUUAACUAAUCGCAGGCACCAUUGUCGUCAUUGUGGCAAAAUUUUUUGUGCCAGCUGUACCUCAAACUUAGCUCCUGCUCUAUCUAGCGACCAAAGGAACUUGUCGGAUGAGAGGGACAAGGUUCGGGUAUGCAAUUUUUGCUACAAGCAAUGGACAGGCUUAGCUAGUUGUAAUAGUAAUAAUCAGGUCCUCAGUUUGGAUCAUAGUUCUUCAGCAUCAACUUCAAGCUUUAUCAGUACCAAAUCUGUUGUCACCGCUAAUAGUAGUAACAUUGUUUGCUCCCUUCCCGUUUCGGUUGGUUGUUAUCAACAAGGGCAACAAUCUGGUGUGAGCCUACAUCGAUCAUCUAUGAAAUUAGAAAGUCUUGAUAGGGAAAUUUUAUCAGCACUUGGGAGGGAUCUUUCUGUCUCAGAAAAUAUGCUUUUAUCCUGCUUCAGGAGCGGUGAUGAAGAGGAUGAUUACAGUGUGUAUCAGUCAGCUUCUGAAAUGAGGCAUUAUUCAGGAGUCGGUGGCUACUAUGGUCAAGCUGAUUUUGAUGGAAUUAACGACAUUGAUGGAUCACAAGUGCAUCCUGAUGAAGAUAACAUCAAUACAGGAGUUCUAUGCAACUCUUUUGAGCACCAAUACUUUGACAUGAGGGGUUUGGAUGAAAUCCCGGCUAUCAUAAAAAAUGAAGAUGAGCCUGAUAUGUUUGAUGAAAACGAAGCACCUUCUUCUUUAUAUGUUUCAGCAGAUAUUGAUGCUGAACCCUUAGAUUUUGAAAAUAAUGGACUUCUCUGGCUCCCUCCUGAACCGGAAGACGAAGAAUAUGAACGAGAAGACAUGUUAUUUGACAAUGAAGAUGAUUAUUAUGGGAAUGACAUAGGAGAGUGGGGGUAUGCUCACUCACCAAGCAGCUUCGAAAGUGGAGAGGACCCGAAUAGAGAUUCGUCAUGUGAGGAACAGAGAAUGGGCACAAGCAAUGUAGUUGAUGAACAUUUUAGGGCCCUGGUAGCACAGCUGUUACUAGUUGAAAACCUACCAGUUGAAGAAAAUGAUAACAACAGUUGGUUUGAAAUCAUCACUUCUCUAUCAUGGGAGGCUGCUAGGUUAUUGAAACCAGAUACAAGCCAAAGUGGUGGGAUGGACCCGGGUGGAUAUGUGAAGGUCAAAUGCAUAGCAUGCGGGAGCCGCAUGUGGGUUGUUAAAGGAGUUGUCUGUAAGAAAAAUGUGGCUCAUCGGCGAAUGAGAUCAAAAGUAGAUAGACCUCGCUUGUUGAUCCUUGGAGGGGCGCUUGAGUAUCAGCGUGUUACCAAUCUCUUGACUAGUGUAGAUACCCUAUUGCAGCAGGAAAUGGAGCAUUUGAAGAUGGCGGUGGCAAAAAUAGCUACACAACAACCUGAUAUCCUUUUGGUGGAGAAAUCAGUUUCUCGAUACGCACAGGAAUAUCUUCUUGCACAAGGCAUAUCAUUGGUUCUCAAUGUCAAAAUGUCAUUUCUGGAGCGCAUAGCACGCUGUACGGAAACUCAGAUAGCACCUUCAGUUGAUCAUCUAUCAUCGCUGAUGGGCAGCUGUGAAACAUUUCGUGUGGAAAAGUUUAUUGAAGACCUAGGUAGUGCUGGUCAUGAAGGGAAAAAAUCUGCAAAGACGUUAAUGUUUUUUGAAGGCUGUCCUAAGCCGUUGGGUUCACGGUGUAUUUUACUUCGAGGUGCUGACAAGGAUGAACUGAAGAAGGUAAAGCAUGUGGUACAGUAUGGAGUUUUCGCAGCUUACCAUUUGGCCAUGGAGAUCUUUCUUGCUGAUGAAGGAGCCUCACAAACAGAGUGUCCUUUGAAUGGUCCAAUACCUGUGCCCAUUCCAGAGAAAUCACCGGUCAUUGAGAGGUCCAUCUCAACAGUGCCUGGUUAUCCCAUUCCUGGCAGCGAAAAGUCUCUGGGACCUGAACUUGGCACUGAACUACAGAGAGCCAAAAGCAUCUCAAUUGCUGAGCUUGCCUCACUUAUUGCGGGUAAAGAGACCUCCUUGUCUUAUGCUCCUUAUUCAUCUAUGCCACCAGGUUCAAGUUACAGCAACUCAACUACCUUUUACCCCUCUUCUUUUCCUUCAUCAACUUCAAUGUCCUAUUAUGAGAAGCCUCUUACAAGUGAAGAUAUAAAUAAAAUGGAAUCUAAAAUAUCUCUCAUGUCGGGAACUUCUGUAAUGAACUGUUCUCUUGAAAUUAUGGAUAAUCAUCCUUCUCCUUCUGUAAAUGAAUAUUGGACUUCAGAUAAAUUUGCUCAUCACAUCCAGACAGACACACCUCAGAACAGUCUCAGCCAAAUGUCCACGACACUGAGUGCUUUGAAGCUGUCGCCUUUAGAAGUUGGUCAAAGCCAUUCCAAAGAGACAGAAGCAGUGAAUGAAGAGCAAUUACUUGCUGAAGAAGUGUUUCCGCCAUCACCUACUGAUCAUCAAAGUAUUUUAGUGUCCAUGUCCUCCCGAUGCGUAUGGAAGGGAACCGUGUGUGAGAGGCCCCAUAUUUUUCGUAUUGCAUACUAUGGAACCUUUGACAAACCCUUGGGUCGUUUUUUGCGGGACUGUUUACUUGAUCAGAGUUAUCAGUGCAACUUCUGUGAAAUGCCAUCAGAAGCACAUGUGCAUUGCUAUACUCAUCGGCAGGGAACCAUCACCAUAUCAGUUAAAAAACUGCCCGAAAUUUUCCUACAUGGGGAAAAGGAUGGAAAGAUCUGGAUGUGGCACAGAUGCCUGAAGUGUCCAAGAAUGAAUGGUUUUCCUCCCGCUACAAAUAGAAUAAUAAUGUCUGAUGCUGCUUGGGGAUUAUCAUUUGGGAAAUUUUUGGAACUCAGUUUCUCGAACCAUGCUGCAGCAAGCAGAGUGGCAGGCUGCGGUCACUCUUUACAUAGGGAUUGUCUUCGUUUUUAUGGAUUUGGGCAUAUGGUUGCUUGUUUUCGGUAUGUAUCAAUCGAAAUUCACUCGGUCUACCUUCCCCCAUACAAACUCAAGUUUGAUGAUGAAAAUCAAGAAUGGAUACAAAAGGAGUCAGAUGAGGUGGUUAACCGAGCGGAGCUUUUAUUUUCAGAGGUACAGAGUGCUCUUAGUCAGAUUGAAGACAAAAGAACUAGCUCAAUGCCAGUUAGUAGUGGACUUGUAACACCUGAAUCUGGGAGCCAAGUUGCGGAACUAGAGGCCAUGUUACGAAGGGAGAAAGAUGAAUUUGAGGAAGCACUUCAUAAGAUUUUAAACCAGGAAAAGAGAAAGGGCCGGCCUGGGGUUGACAUUCUGGAAAUUAAUCGGGCGCGGAGGCAGUUAUUUUUCCAAUCAUAUAUGUGGGACCACCGCCUUAUCCAUGUUGCCAGCUCAGCUAAUUUUACAAACGAGAGUGAUUUAAGCGGUUCAAUUUCAGAUGACAAGACGAGAACCACGGAUGAAAAAUUGAAAAGUGGGAUGUCCAUGCCAGGUUUCAGGAGUAGUGAUUGCAUUCUUAUGGAUCCGAAGCUUCUCGAAAGCCCUUAUCUGGUCAGAGGAGGACAUGGUAGCAAAAUUUCCCAAGGUGAUGAUAUAUUUGAUCAAGAAAUUGACUGGGACAAAGACACAGAACAUGAGAAAGAGGAUGAACCUGACUCUUCAAAUCUUGGGUUAGGCAUUCGCAGAUCUCUUUCUGAGGGGCAUUAUCAAUCCAUGUCUUACUGUUUGUCUGAUACCCUUGAUGCAAAAUGGACAGGUGAGGAUUCAGGGUUUGAAAUCCUAAAGGAUAACAAUUCUGUAAAUCUUGAUGAGUUUAUGGCAGAUUUGAGCACCGCUAUACAAAGAGACAUGUCAAAUCAAGGGAAUCAUGCAGAAGACAAGAAUGUUGUCAAGAAUAUGCCGAAAGGACAUGAUACUAUGGAAGACUCUUUAAGCUGGCUAGGAAUGCCGUUCAUAAACUUCUAUCGCUCAUUUAACAAGAACUCUCUAGCCAGUUCCCAGAAGUUUGAUACACUAGCAGACUACAAUCCUGUGUAUGUAUCUUCCUUAUCUUCCUUUCGGGAGAUGGAACUACAAGGCGAAGCAAGGCUGCUUCUUCCGAUUGGAGUUAAUGAGACUGUAAUACCACUGUUUGAUGAUGAGCCCUCGAGUAUCAUAUCGUAUGCACUAAUGUCACCAGAAUAUCAUGCACAGCUGAUUGAUGAAGGAGAAAGAACAAAAGAUGGAGUUGAAACAAUGCCUUCAUUGUAUUUGUCUGACUCGGGAAAUUUCCAGUCGUUCCUUUCUGCUAAUGAAACAACUUCUGAUUCUCAGAUAAGUUUUUUCUCAACAGAUGAUACGUUACCAUCCUUUUCUGCCUCACGUAGCACAUGGGUAGGAGAUCCACUGGUAUGUACAAAGGCCAUGCAUCCCAGAGUUUCCUUUGGAGAUGAUGGUCUCCAUAGUAAGGUCAAAUAUUCUGUGACUGUUUACUAUGCCAAGCUGUUUGAAGCCUUAAGAAGGACCUCUUGUCCUUCCGAACUUGACUAUGUACGGUCCUUGAGUCGCUGUAGAAAAUGGGGAGCUCAAGGUGGCAAGAGUAACGUAUUCUUUGCAAAAACCUUGGACGAUCGAUUUAUCAUCAAACAAGUCACCAAAACAGAGCUUGAAUCCUUUAUUAAAUUUGGUCCUGAUUACUUCAAGUACCUUUCUGAUUCAAUAUACCAGGUGGGAGGUCCAACAUGCUUGGCAAAGAUUCUAGGAAUAUACCAGGUUACAGUAAAGCAUCCUAAGGGGGGGAAAGAAUCAAGGAUAGAUGUCUUGGUUAUGGAGAAUCUUCUGUUUGGGAGGAAUGUGAAACGACUUUAUGAUCUCAAAGGAUCUUCCAGGUCUCGCUAUAAUUCGGACUCUACUGGGAGCAACAAAGUUCUGCUGGACCAGAACUUGAUUGAAUCAAUACCAACUUCUCCCAUUUUUGUGGGAAAUAAGGCAAAACGGUUGCUAGAGAGAGCUGUCUGGAAUGAUACUUCUUUUCUUGCUUCGGUCGGCGUAAUGGACUAUUCAUUACUUCUUGGGAUGGAUGAAGAGAAGCAUGAGUUGGUGAUUGGAAUCAUUGAUUACAUGAGGCAGUAUACAUGGGACAAGCAUUUGGAAACGUGGGUAAAAGCUGCUGGCAUCCUUGGAGGCCCCAAGAAUGCAGCUCCAACGGUAAUAUCACCCAAGCAAUACAAGAAAAGGUUCAGGAAAGCAAUGAGCAGUUAUUUUUACAUGCUUCCGGAUCAGUGGUCUCUUCCACCUAAAUCCCAGUCUGAUUUAUUUGAAGAGAACACACCGUCUACUUCAGUUGAAUAAUUCUUUGAUGCUUUCUUUUUUUGCUCUUCUCCUCCUCCUCCUCUCUCUCUCUCUCUCUCUCUCUCUCUCUCUUUAUAUAGGUUUUUUGUUUUUUUCAUUUUUAAAGCUGUUAGAAGAUGCAGAAUAAAGAGAAAAGAGGCUGUUAGAAGCCGCAGGAUGUCUGUAUGAGGAAAGAAAUAUUUGAUGAGCCUGUAUAUGAUAUCUGUGUACAAUAAUCUAUACAUAGUGAAUGUAACUAGCAUCACAAUAUGUACAUUUAUACGUGAUAAAUUUCUCAGAGUUGUACUUAUUAAUU